UUCCGUUGAUGUGUAGCAGCACUUUUAUAGGGAACUAAAUGUGAUCUGACCUAUACUUCAAGAUGUGCCUUUAGAGGGCCCUUGUGGAGUUUGGAGUGCAGUGUUUCUUCAGUAAACUUGAGAAAUGGAUGGUUGGUUGCUGUCAUAGAACUGUUCAUAGUUAGUUGGUGAUCACAUGUAACCGAUGUAGGGUGGGUCCAUAUUACUGCUGAUCACCGUUGUAUAAUGACAGUGAUUAUAUUCAGUGCUUGGGGAAAAAAAUACACUGUGUGUAAUAGGAUUUGAGUUUGCAAGUUUCAACAACACUGCAUAGUUGGAUAAUUACCCAUUAGCAAACUAAAUUUACUUUUACUGACCUAUUCUGUGUAACAAGAUGAUAAGCUUUGCCAAUACUGUUAAAUAACAUUGCUGAUGCUCUGGGCAUUCACAAAAAAGAACAGUUUUAACUUGAUUGUUCUGGAUGCUUUAUAGAUGAUAUAAUCACUUUUUAUUCUUCACUAGCGAUUGAGAUAUCUACUUGGAAUAGUUUGAAAGUGUCAAUGAAAGAGGUCAUUCAGACAUUGCAUUAAUCUUUGGCAUUACCUCAUUUGAUAUCAGUUCACUUAAUCUUUUCUUUGAACUAUUGGCCAAGAAUUUUAACAUUUAUCGGUCAAAAAUACAGUGAGUAGGAAAUGACGUCUGUGGAGCCUGAGAAGGAGUCAGUUGUAUACAAGGAGCCUGCAUUUGCCAAUAUCAUAGGUGCUGGUGAACCUGAUGGUGGAAUAGGAUGCUGUGGGAUGAUCUUAACUUUCCUCUCAUGGAUUGUUCUCAUCUGUACUGUGCCCUUUUCACUCUUUGUCUGUAUCAAGGUUGUCCAGGAGUAUGAGAGAGCAGUUAUUUUUAGAUUAGGUCGGCUUCUCGCUGGAGGUGCUAAAGGCCCUGGUAUUUUCUUGAUUCUGCCUUGCAUUGAGAGCUACACAAAGGUGGAUCUUAGAACUGUUUCUUUUGAUGUACCCCCUCAAGAGAUUCUCACCAAAGACAGUGUGACAGUAUCAGUGGAUGCAGUCGUUUACUAUCGCGUACAGAAUGCAACCAUCAGCAUUGCUAAUGUAGAAGAUGCCAAUGCCUCAACCAGACUCCUUGCUCAGACCACCCUACGUAACGUACUUGGAACCAAGAACCUAUCAGAAAUCCUCUCAGAUAGAGAGGGUAUCAGUCAUUUCAUGCAGUCAAGUUUGGACGAGGCUACAGAUCCUUGGGGUAUCAAAGUGGAACGUGUCGAAAUCAAAGAUGUCCGCCUGCCUGUACAGCUGCAGAGAGCUAUGGCUGCUGAAGCUGAAGCAGCCAGAGAAGCAAGAGCCAAGGUGAUAGCAGCUGAAGGAGAACAGAAUGCAUCACGAGCCCUAAAGGAAGCUGCUGAUACCAUCUCAGAAUCACCUACUGCUCUACAACUUAGAUAUCUACAGACUCUAAACACCAUCUCAGCUGAGAAGAACUCCACCAUCAUAUUCCCUUUGCCCAUUGAUCUUCUUAAGAGCCUCCAGAAACAGAAAUAGGAAGUGCUCUGUAUCUCUUGGUCAAACUAUCAUUUCCUUCAUAGUGCCCUGAAGAAAUAAUAAAGCAAGUGGAGAUAUUCUACAAAGAUAUGAGAUCUCUCAACUCUGUAUAUUAUAUUACAUGAUAUUACUAGAACCUGCCCCUUAAUAUAACAACUGUAUUUAAUACAUCUUCUGUGCUUGAGCAAACCAGUGGCUUGUUAAUUGACAAAUACAUUACAUCCCAACAAAAAGGAAACCCUUUUUUCACUCAGAGAUAGAUUUCACAAUUAUUGAAUAUGUUUUUACUAUGAAUUUGCUACUUUAUGGCAAGAUUGGAAUCUCAUCUCUAAUUUUAGACCAACAGCUUAGCAAAUCAUUCACGCACGGCAGAUUGCAAACAAUAUUAAUAUGGAGACAUAUCAGAAAUGAUUUGCGCAGAAAUUUCAUGUGUUCUGAAAACACUCUCAUUUCAGAGAUCAGUGAUAGAAACUUAACAAAAGAAAUGCUGAAGAGUCACUGUCGAAUAAGCGUGGUCGUCAUAUCAUGAACCAAUCUUGUCCAAUUUUUCUGAGCAACCUGGAUUUGACAUUGAAAUUUCAAACUCGUCUUGCUCAUUAAUUUGUAAAAUAUUUUUCUCAUUAUAAGGUAUAAAUCUUAAGAGGAAUAAUUGAAGUGAAGUGAAUGAUUAUGUAAAUGAAAUAUCAUUUUUUAUUUGCCUUUGAAUAAAUAAUGAGAUAGGUAUCCGUGUUUCCUUUAUAAUAUGCAAGAAAUAUCCAUUGAUGUAGUAAAUAUAGCUUUUUGGGAUUAUCUUAAUAUUUUAAUCAAAUAGGAGGUGCUUGAUAUCUGUGCAAUAGUUUAUUUUAGCUGUGUAAAUUCUGCCAUCCAAUAUUCCUUCAGUAAAUGAGCAUAUGUUUUGCCAGAAUUAUAGAAGGAGGUAUUAUUGAUGAAUUAUCUUAGAAAAUAGUACAGGCAUGUAUGCAAAGGUCUUAUGUUACUGCCAAAUGUAUAGCUGUGUAGAAAAUUAUGAUUAGAUGAAAUUCAUGUGAUAUUGUAUGCUGAAUAACAUGAAAAGGUGUCUUUUAUGUUGGAAAUCUGAGGAUAUGGAAAUAUCAAGACCCAACAUUCAUUCUAGAACAUUUAACCCAUCAAAAUAAGCUUCACUUUAAACCAUUGUAAUAUGCUUAUGCUAAGUUGUACUUGUAUUAUUUGUAGUAAUGUUAUUUAUGCAUGAUGAUUAUUUUUAUUUUUUGUAUUAUGUCAGAAAAUUUCAUUGCACCAAAAUUAAGGAAAGGAUGUGAAAGUGGUGUCUUCUCUUUGUUUUAUUUUUUAAUCAAUAUAAUGAAAUAUUGAGAUAUAUUCCGGGAAUAUUUACUUAAUAGUAUUAUGAACAUGAAGGUUUCAGGAGAAAGGUAGCUAACUAAAGAGUAUUAAAAGUUUAAUAAUUAAGCAAAAACAGUAUGGCCCCUAACAUGGUGUAAUGUUCAACCUGUCUAGAUCUGUCACAGGUCAUAGUAAGGACAUUAUCUACUUUGUAUAAUUGUUAUACCCAUUCUGUAUCCCCUUUGUCUAACAAAUUAUGAUAUGAUGAAAUAUUUAUUUGACAAAGUACGUAGGAGACAAAGUGUGAAUGAUACCAUGAGACCGAGUGAUGGUUAGACCAGUCACUGGCCUAAGUCCAAGUGACAGACCUUUUGUUCGGGGGGAUGAUCUAGUAUUUCAUCUCUAUACUUGAAGAGUAUGACUUUACUCAUUUACGCCAAUAAACGAAGUGGUUACAAACCCUAAUUACUGUUCCCAAGUUCCCCUUAUACUUUGCCCUUGCGGGCAAGGACAUUUUGUUUUCUUUGCCAAGAACAAUAUUUUGGAAAAUAAAAGUAAAAAAAAGUAAUUUUAAUUUGUGAGAAGGAAAGGAGUGUGGUACAUUUUAGUGUUGUACAUAUCUACAUUUUGUAAAAACAAAGUACAGAAAACAUAUCUAUUUAUUACAAAGCAUUGUUCAUUGUAUCGUCAUUGGCUUAGUUUAUCUCAUUAUUGGAUUAAUAGUUAACAUUAAAAGGAUCAGAGAAGCAGUAGUAGAUUUUUGUCUUUCAUGAAAGAUUAGAAGUUUGUAUUUGUAAUUCAAUUAAAAAAGUCAAAUUAGCACCUACUCCUUUAUGACAAAUAUUCAGUUAUCGAAUAUCACACUAUCUUGAAAAUAAAGAAAUUUAUUUGUUUUAAAGUUAUACGUACAGAGAGCUAAGGUGGUUCAGUCGGUAUGUCUGUCUAUCGAACCAAAGGUCGUGGGUUUUGAGUCCACCCCGUGCAGAUGACUGAAGCCAGUGGGUUCUGCAUUCCCUCAACCAGUUAUAUUGGGAGGAGACACCUGCAGGUCAUAGUUCUGUGUACGCGCCCUUCUAGCUAGGCGACCAAAAAAGCGCCUUUGAAUGUCUUUGACAGAUAUAUGACGCUAUACAAAUGCUGUGCAUAUCAUCAUCAUAUCAUUUUCAAGUACAUGUAUUCUUAUAUUACAUCAUUCACUUAGUAAUGAAGAGUAUGGUUGUCAGUCUUCUUGAAUAUAUUUUUGAGAAGCAAAAAAAAAUGGAUUUAAAAGAAAUGAUAUACAUGUGGUGGUAUAAUUUGUAGAAUAUUUUCUUAAUUUAUAUUUGCAUGUUUUUUAUCACAUGUUUUGUGAAUUAUUUGAUUCUUUUAGUAUAUUAUCCAAUGCAACAGUAAUAACUUUGUGUUGACUUGUUCUCAAACCAACAUUUUUUGAGGCAUAUACUAAAGUGAUAUUAUCUUUAAACAUGUAAUGAUGCAUGAAGUAUUGGUAGUAUAGUGUCAUUUGAUAACGCAAGCUUGCAUAGGUUUUAUAUUUGAAAUGUGCUCAAAAAUUUUAAUUAGUAAAAUCAAAAGUCUAAUGAUUUAAUAAAUAAGGUAGAGUUUGUCUAUAAGUAGCUGCUAAAUCACGUUAUCAUUUUCACCUUGCUGAGUGAGUUGAUGUUUCUGAACAUAAUAGUCAAUUGAUACAUGUAUUUAUCUGAAAAAAAUGAUGUGUCUAUUAGAAUUUUUAUGUAUCCAAUAUUUAAAAUGAAAGUAUUCAAUCAAUACAAAAUAUAACAUUAUAAAGCUGUUUUAACUGAAUCAUGACAAUUUUACUCUGAUGACUUUUUUUUUAUCAUAUGUAAUAGAUUUGUACCAGUUUAAUAAUUCCAAAGUCUUGCCAGUUUGAUAGACUUUGAAUGAACGCCCCUCAUGAGGAUAUUUUUAAAAGUAGCUCUUUGAAAUAUUGAGGAAAAUGAUAAACUACCAGGAAACUAGUAAUUAUGUUCAUCUAUUUGCAGCACUAAAAUUGCAACGGUAUGAUCGUUUCAUAUACCCCCUUUGUAGAAAUUUCCUUCUUUGCAGCUUGUCCUCUUUAAUUUCCUUGCACAAAUGUGUUUUAAUUUUAAUUUGUAAUGAAUAUAAAUUUAAUAAUUCAUCAGUGUCGAUUGUUUCAUACAUUGUGUACCUGUUAAUAAAUGUUGAUACUCUUUCAUGUUA